AUGAGUCUCGGAGUCGAUACUGGCAAGCGCGCCGUCGCGGUCGACGUUGCACAGUUCCCGCUGUAUGCUCCGAGUGCAGGGAGCAUUAGCAUCCUUGGACGGCACUUUGUCGAUCAACAUGGGCGUGUGCUGCUCCUCCACGGCGCGAAUGUCGGGGCGGCUUCUAAAGUCCCCAUCGAGCAUGGGCUGGAGGCUCCGGAGAAUGCGAGCUAUGUCGGUCGCCCCUUCCCACUUGAAGGUGCCAAAGAGCACUGGGCGCGAUUGGCAUCGUGGGGUUUAUCCUUUGUUCGCAUCAUUUUCACAUGGGACGCAGUCGAGCAUGCUGGCCCUGGAGUCUAUGAUGAGGAGUACCUUUCGUAUCUCCGCGACCUCCUCAUCUCACUCCGCGGUACUGGACUCGUGGCGUACGUCAGCGUGCACCAGGACGUGUGGUCGCGCUACUCGGGUGGCUCGGGUGCGCCAGCAUGGACUCUUUCCGCGGCAGGAUUCGACAUGACUAAUGGCGGGGAGAAACUCGAAGCCAGUGGCGCUGCGUGGCUUAAUGGUGUCAAGGGCGGACGACUGCCAGGAGAGCGCGGACUGUGGCCUACGGGAUAUCAGAAGCUGGCUUGCGCGAGCAUGAACACGUUAUUUUGGGGUGGUGAGACAUUUGCACCCAGUCUGAAGGUUGGAUCAAAGGGGAUCAACAUCCAGACGCACCUCCAGGACGCUUUCCUUGCUAUGUGGAGCAAGGUUCUUGAUGCCGUCGGUGACCUCGAUACAGUGAUGGGCUUUGAGAUGCUCAAUGAACCGCAUGGCGGGUACAUCGGCCUCUCGACAAUCGACGAAUGGAACUACAAUACCGACCUGCACCUUGGCGAGUUCCCGUCGCCUUUGCAAUCGUUUGCGCUGGGUGACGGGCAUCCAACGGAGGUGCCGGUGUACAAGCGCUCGUGGCCUCAUCCCACUCGCCUUGCGCGUCGCACCAUUGUCAAUAAGCUUGGCGUGCGUGCUUGGUCCAUCCCCUGCCCGUGGCAGCGAGAGGGAGUGUGGUCCUGGUCUGCGGAUCAGAACAAGGCUGUCGCCCUCCAGCAAGACUACUUCACCAAGAACUCGCGAGGCCAACCCGUCUCGUUCUACGAAGACUUCUACUACCCCUUUGUGAGGCGGUGGGACAAGCUGCUGGCCUCAAAGGCGCCGAAGAAGGCGCGGUUGCUCGAGCCAGUGCCAAACGAGUACGCUCCUAAGUGGCCGGCGGAAUCGCGCCCGCGCAACUUCGUCUACGCACCUCACUGGUACGACCUGGCUGCGCUUUUCAGCAAACAGUUCGGUACCAUGACCGUCAACGUCCAGGCUUUAAGCCGGGGCAAAUUCCUGCCUAUGUGUCUGUACUUUGGCAAGAGUGUGCGGCAAAACUACGCCACUCAGAUCCGCACGCUUGUGCAAGAGGCAAACAAGCAGUUGGGAGAGGUUCCCAUUGUAUUUGGCGAGUGUGGUGUCCCCAUCGAUCUCAACGGCGAAGAGGCCUUCCACACCGGCGAUUGGAAGUGGCAGUUGCGCAUGCUUGACGCCCUCAUGUUUGCGCUUGAGGUCAACAGUGUGCAUUUCAACUUGUGGAACUACAACCCGGGAAACAACGAUGUUGUGGGAGACGACUGGAAUGCUGAAAGUUUCUCGUGGUUCAGCGAGGAGAACCGACGGAAGGCCAUUGAGGCUGCGCCGGUAGACCAGCAAGCAUCACUGGCAUCUGACCUAGAUGUUGGGGCACGUCUCCUUGAUGUCCUUGUGCGACCUUACGCCAUCGCGACAGCUGGCACGCCCCUUUCUUCUGUCUACGAGCCAUCCACGCGUCUAUUUACGCAUCGGUGGACUGACAUGCCGCAACCCACGUCACCCACCGCUCCCCCGCGCGCUCGUGUGACAGAGAUAUUCCUCCCGCGGCGACACUACAAGAAAGGAGAGGUCAAGUGGUUUGCCUCUGCAGGGGGGCGCGUGCACUUUGACUGGGAGCGGCAGCGGCUGUGGGUGUGGUUUGACGACACGGACGAGUUCAUCUCUCGUGGCAAGGCGGUUACACGCCGGGUGGACUUUUGGGUGCUCGAGGCGCCGGACAAGACCAAACCCGCAGAGGUAAUUGGGUUGCUCAUCGUGGUAGCAGGGUUCUGCUUCUUCCUCGCCAACGAGUGGGUGCGCUACACUACUGGGAAGCCUUGGGUGGAGAUGGUGCUUUAG